UAGAUUUUUGUUUCAUAGAAUAAUAUGAUACCAAAUUAAUGCCAAUCUUCAUUUCAAAAUAAAAGAAAAAUAUUGUUAAAAUUGUUAGUAUCGACUGAUUUACGCAUUUGUAAUUCAUAAAAUGAUUCCCGAUGCUUGGUCAAAGACUAUCAAUCACAUGUGAAAUGCAGCGAUCACCUGAUGGGUGAUGACACAAGCUCGCUUGCCACAACAGUGUUUUCAAGUCAGCGAGUAGGAACGGAGAAAGAACCGGGGAACUCAGCGGUCGGUAUCUGCGUUUUGGCGGCGAUCGGGUCAAGCUCGGCGGUCAUUGGAAGCAACUCACUCUUGUUGACGGCUGAGCUGAGCACAGUGGAACCUCUUAACUUUGUUCUACCCCUAAAUGUUUUCAUGCAUGGAUGGAAAAAUAGCACCCUUGACAGAACCAAACUUCUUCUGUUGGUGUGUGUGUCAAGUGUUCCUUGUGUCCUGUCCUGUCUGACCCUGUCCAAACGUUGACCUUUGACCUUAGUAUUGCUGAGCCAGGUCAUGGGGUUCUACGAGGAGAUUAGGAGGAUAGUGCUAUGGCUUCUUCAUCCAUUGAUCCUGCGCUACAGAAGAGAGGAACCCCCAGUGAGGAGUGAAGAUCAUGACUAUUGGUGUGAGGAUGACCCCCAAGAGAUUUUUGGACGGAGAACCAAUAGUGAGGUUUUCGGACAGGGAGAUAAUGGAUACAACACAUUCCGGAUCCCAGCCCUGGUCCAGCAUCGUGGGGUGUUCCUGGCCUUCUGUGAGGCCCGUAGGACAUCCUUCAGGGACUGGGGAGCUAGUAUGGACCUGGUCUUACGCAGAGGCAGACUAUGUGACAUCAGGGAGGCUGAUAAAGAGAUAGAAUGGGGAGAUAUACAAGUCGUUGCUUCUAUACCGGGCAAAAGGGCGAUGAACCCCGUACCAAUCGUGGAUGAGGACACAGACACCAUUAUCCUGGUCUUCAUUACAUUCCCAAUAGAACUAUCAGAGGCAGAUCUUAUCAGAGGUGACAAAUACCAACAGAAUCUCUAUGUAACAAAGAGUGUAGAUGAUGGACGGACAUGGUCAGAACCUUUGGAUAUUACAAGUCAAACACUUGGUAGAAUGGAUCCAGAACCACUCAUAUAUGCAUCAGGUCCAGGACAUGGUUUACAGCUGAAAUCUGGAAGACUCAUAGUUCCAGGUAACAUUCAUUGGAAAGAGAAACCACAGCCAGGUGCCACAGGUUGGUUGUCAGAGUUGAAGUGGUCAAUAUUGGAGUUCUUUGAUAGUUUUCAUGGUAGUAGGAAUUGUUCUAUUGUCCUCUUCAGUGAUGACGGUGGUGAUACGUGGCAGGUAGGAGGAAAGAUACCACCAGCUAAAGAUGAGUAUGGGGUGGAUAUACCAGCUAAUGAAUGCCAGGCUGCCGAGUUAGAAGAAGGCCAUGUUUAUAUCAACAGCAGAACCUGUGAUCCUCAGGCAACGCGUCAAGAAUCCUAUAGCAUCGAUGGAGGGAUCUCAUUCACCAUGGGUGAACUCUCAGAUGACCUAGAAGAACCUGGAUAUUUCCUUUCAAGAUGGAUACCUUCCAUUAAGAACUUUGGAGGGUGUCAGGCAAGUGUGAUGAGCUUUGAACCCCCGGAUCACAUUCCCAAACUGGAAAGAGAUGCCGAACGUUGGAUCAUCUUCUCCAACCCCGCCAGUCGCAACACACGUGUCAACAUGUCAGUGCGGUUUAGUCGCGAUGCUUGCCAGACAUGGAGUCCACCACUCUCGUUGAAUCCCGGUCCAAGCGCGUACUCCGAUCUCACCUGUUACCGGGUGAAGGAGAAAGCGACAGGGGAGAAAGCGCCAGGGAAGAAUAUCAUCAAGUUUGCUUGCCUCUAUGAGUGUGGUAGUCUUCAUCCGUACGAGAGAAUCGCCUUUCAGACCUUCUCAUUGGAGGAACUCACCGCUAACGCUCUACAUCCAUAGCAACAGGGACAUGCCCAGUCACCUACCCACCUAGCAACAAGCUCAGCUCGGUUUCUUCAACAUUGAAUGACUCGUUUCCCAGAAAAAUGACUUUUCAGAAUGAUUGCCUACAGAUCUACAGCAGAUAAGUCACAGGAAUCAAAUAGGAUGUUCUCAUCUUAGUUGGAUUAUGGUUAUCCUCUUUGUUGCAUUUGGAUCUUGGGAAAAGAUUCUGAAAUGUUUGUAUUAUUAGUGACCAGUAGCUAAAGCAUAUGCAUGAAAUUUAUUAGAAAUUGCCUCAUAUUUGGACAUUUCCUGACUAAUUUGCUCACGACCAAUCAGAGAGUAAAGUUUUCCGAGCUAUUUGCCAGGACCCAUGCUUUUACAGUGAAAAUUCCUCUGCUAGAAGGGUAUUCAAGGCUUAUAGUAGCUUAUAACAUCUGUCGGUGAAAUUACUGACAAAAGUAUCCUUGAAAUGCUUCCUUGUAUGUUGAUCCCAUUUCAAGCAAAUACUUGCAUUUCAGACAUUAAAUGCGUUUUCAAAAUAGUACUUUUAGUUGUUUAUUUCUGAAAGCUUGUCAUAUCCCAUGUCUUAUAGUUCAGGAUGCAAAUAAUGAAUGUUUAUGAGUGCAAUGGAAAGAAUACUUCAUGAGUUGAAAGAUGAAAUGAUCCAUUCAAACAGGCAUAGCCGAGUUGAAUGGAUCAUUAUUUCAUCUUUCACCGAAUAGAAGUAUUUUGUCAAUUGCACGAAUGAAAUGAACAUUCAUUAUUCGUUUUAUCGGACACCUAGAAAUAGAUUCUUGUAGGAAUUGGCAUUUAUUAAUUUGAAUGCAAAAGUGCAUUCAGGAUCAGCGCGAACAUUGUCUGUUGAUUUUCACAUAGUAAAACAUGUGGAGGUGCCGUGGCCGAGUGGUCUAAGGCGCCUGGCUAUACAUGUAAAGUUCGUGGUUCGAUCCCUGGUGGCGGCACCUAUGCCCAUGAGCAAGGCAUACAAUCUAAAUUGCUCUUUUAUCCUGCUUUCAAAUAAAUGGAAAUGCUAUGUGCAUUAAAAAAAAUAAAACAUGCGCACUGUAAACACAAGUUUGUUUUACGCUUACUGCCGUGUGCAAUAGACAAAAUUUUAUGGAUCCAAAAUUGGAUGGAUAAUGACAUAAUUGUAAAAGGGACUGAAUGAUCAACAUCAAGCAACCAAUCCAAAUGGCAUGGGAUCUACUUUGGUGUUGUAUAGAGAAAAAUGUACCAGGGUUUAGGGCAAGUUCCCAUAUGGUCCAAUUUAAACAGGAAUACAAUGUUGGAAAAUUGGGCUGGUGAAUUCAAAAUUUGAAUGAUUGUGUCAAACAGUGUUGUGUCCAAGGCUGGCUUGUCCUAGGCCAAGGCCGGAUCACCCAAAGACAAGGCCAAGGCCGAAUUGCCCAAGCUAAGGACAAGCCUUAGGCCAGAAUAACAGAUGAUGAUUGAGUGUUAUUCACAUUAUUGAUGGCCCCUUUACCAAAGAUUCAAAUGGGCUUUAAAUUUGAAAUUUUCAGAUUAAGCCACUUUCAUACCUGAAAUAACUACUCUAUGUAAACAGAUCAUAACUAUUUCAUUUAUUUAUUGAUGUAUCCCAUUUGCCACUUGCUAUCUAGGUAUAUCAAGAAUCCUCUGUAACCUUCUUUAGAAAAAAAAACCUGGGUAGCGAUAACCUUCUUAUGGUUAAAUGAGCUGCAGUAGCAUAAUUUUAUUAAGAAAAAAAUUACAAAAGCAAUAAUUUACAUUGUAUAUGUGACAAUAUGUAUAUUAGAUCUGAAUGUAGAUGUUUAGCAAAAAUAUGCACUUUGGUACAUUCCACUGAUGGUGAAGUAUUUUAAUUGCAUAUAUUUUAGAAUAGAGUUAAAUGUAGAUACAAUAAACAACAGGGGAUGUUUCACAAAGAUAGAAUGUGACUUAGAGUUAGAGUUGCACAUAACUACCCAGUUGCAUGUGGUAUAAUAGACAACACUUCAUUGGACAAAUGCUAAGAGAAUGCUACUGUGUAUUAACAAAAAGACUACAAGGGGAAAAUCGGACACUUCAGCAAUUUUUUGAAACACUUUUUAUUAAUGCUCAUGGGGAAGGGCGCCCUUAAUUAACUAGCGU